AUGAACGAUAUCGAUUCAUCCAUUAGUCCAUUGUUUAACCAGGUGCCUAUUGAGAAUUCACAGUAUUAUAAACAACAAUCACUGGUUCACGAUAUAAGUCCAUCUCACCUUCAUCAUCAAGGGCUGAGUUUUCAGGAAGAUAUUCACCAUACACAACCACAGAAUCGUGUUCGGGUAAAUUCACAACAACAACAACAACAAGAUCUGCCACAACUACAACACCAUCAUCUUCCACAAGUGCAACAGUCACAUCCACAACAACAACAGCCGCAACAAGAGCACCUGCCAGAACUGUUACAAAAUCAUCAACUGUCAAUAUCGCAAGUGCACACACAUAAACAAUUUAGACAAUCUCCAUUAUACCCCUCAUCAAAACUAUAUUCACAACCUCCACCCCAAGUGUUCAAUUCUGAGUGGGUAGAAUCAACACAAAACUCUCCUGAUAAUAUAUCCAAGAUUCUUGAAGAUCAAGUGAAGAUGUCAACGACAACAGCAAUGGCCACUGGGUCAAACAUCAAAUAUGAAACACCGCUGAAAUCGAAAAACAACUAUGCUUAUUUACCACCUCAUCAUGAAGACGUGCACAAGUUGGAUAAAGCUGAACUGUUAUCACAAGCUUCGUCAACGGCAUCAACCAUUCCACCAAAACCACCAGUUAUUAGCAAUUGGAAGAUUUUCUGGUCAAUGUUGAAUGACAUUGUUGGUAAGGAUAAAAUGGCCAAAGUUGGACAGUACACAUUACGAUUACUUGUCUUUCACGCCACACAAGUCCAGGACUACUUGUCUGAUGAUAAAGUCAAUAUUGCUGCUAUCAAGUUGAGAUACGAUGAUUCAACCAAGCAAUUGGAAUUGAUCAAGAAUUUUAUCAAACAUCCUUCCGAUUUCGUUCGUGUUAUUGCCAUUAUCGUUUGUUCGUUAUUCAAGACCCGAUUUGCUGGUGUAAUCAAUGGAUUAUCAAUGUAUCGACAGUUUCUUCGAUUUGGUAAAACACCAUUUAGAAUAAGAGAUCUUAUCGUGAAAUUUAAAACCAAUAUCUCAUUCAAGAAUAAAUUGUUGCAAAUUAAUGAACUGGAAUUGUUCACUCGAUCAACUUUGGGUCAAUUUUUCUCACUAUAUUAUGGAAUCAAUGAUGAAUCGAUUUUGCUUUAUAAAUUGAAAUUCUUAACUUCACCAACAUACAAGACAUUUGUCACUAGACAUGAAUCUUAUGGAUGGUAUUGUGAAUCGUGGUUAGCCUUGUACAAUACCUAUGAAAACUUGACAAGCCUAACUCAACAAGAAAUGGAUCUCAAAAUCGCCAUACAAGUGCGUAAUAAGGCCAAAAUACUAUCGAAACAGCUACUCGGAGGAGCAGAUAUUUUAAACCUCACAUCAUCAACGUACAAUUCAUCAUCAAAUAGUGAAGAUGAGUUGAAGUUGAAAGAUAUAAUGUUUAAAAAGACCAAUUGUUGGAUUGAUAUUUACAAGUUGUUGGCCGAUUUAGGAUUCAAUACUUAUACUGUCUUUAGUAUUGCAUUGCCUUUCCAAACUUGGCAAAUAUGGAUGGGUAUUGCUGCUUCAAGUUUGAGCACAAUCAAAUUGUAUAGAGAGACCAAGGAUAAGAUGAUCAAAGAGCAACAAAAGAGUUGA